AUGGUGAAGAAGCGAGGAAACAUGUACACUGGCAAGCCCUUCUUCCAGUGGUGCAAGGAGAACGGCAAGCGCGGCGAGCGGCUCGCCAACGAGUUCAAAGACCCGGACAAGCUGCCGACGGAGGUGUGUAAAGGGUCGCAGUACAAGGCGCUGUGGAAGUGCCGGAAGUGCAAGCACGCAUGGCGGGCGAAAGUGAACAACCGCACGAGGAGCGUCAGACCCUCAGGGUGCCCGCAGUGCGUGCAUCAUGCGCGUCCGAACAAGGCCAACAACUUUCUCACGUGGUGCGGGAAGAACGGCGAGCGCGGCGUGAAGCUCCUGAAGGAAUACGUCGACCCCGAAAGGGAGCCGACUGAGGUGACGAGAGGGUCGCAAUACAUGGCGCUGUGGAAGUGCCAGAAGUGCAAGCACGCGUGGCGGGCGAUAGUGAAAAACCGCACGAGGAGCGUCAGACCCAGCGGGUGCCCGCAGUGCGCGAAUCAUGCGCCUCUGAGCAAGACCGACAACUUCCUCACGUGGUGCGGGAAGAACGGCGAGCGCGGCGCCAAGCUCCUGAAGGAAUACGUCGACCCGGAAAGGGAGCUGACGGAGGUGAAGAGAGGGUCGAAGUACAAGGCGCUAUGGAAGUGCCGGAAGUGUAAGUACGCAUGGAAGGCGAGAGUGGACAGCCGCACGAGUAUUGCCAGAUCCACCGGGUGCCCGCAGUGCAACAAAGGACGUAUCAGAGGAAAGCGCGGCCGCGCCGACUAA